ACACACGCGCGAAUGAAUCCUCGUCGCGGGGGCGGGCGAGAGUGCGCCUAUAUAGAUCGCGCCCUCGGAUUGUGCAACUUGGCGAAAUGCGCGAUCGUGCCGAAUUCUCCGAGCGCGGCAAAUACUACGCUUUUGACAGGGGCGAUUUCUAAGAGAGAGAGAGAGAGAAAAAGAGAGCGCGCGCGCGCGCGAGAGAGAGAGAGAGAUUUUAGAGAGGCGUUUCGAUGGCUAUCGUCCGUCGUUAUCGCGUCGGGAGUAGAUUACGGCGAUGACAGUGCACGCGCACCGCAGAUAAAUGGAGAUCACGUAGGCGAGCAGCUCCUACAGGCGACAGAAAGUUGAUGGCGUUCAACCAUUCGUCCACCCGAAGUCCUACCGGGCGCGAUCGUCGUGAGCCUGAUUCGGCAAAAAUGGAGCAGAUUGGAGUCGACGGGUACGACAACUUUCUGAGAUACGUGGAGCAGCUUAGGCUCAAGAGGGUCGAGAGGCCGACCUACAUUCUGUUCACCGGCUCGCCACUGCCGGGGAGCGACGAGAGCUGGUGCUCGGACUGCGUGGAGGCUGAGCCGUUUAUUUCAAAAGCAUUCUUGGGAUUGGCCGCAGAAGCAGAAGAACCCAAACGAACGCUAUUCGUGAAAGUGACAGUUGGUGACAGGGCGUUCUGGAAAGAUCAGCACUGUCCAUUCAGGACAGAUCCUAUUACCAAGUUGAAGGUCUUGCCAACUCUGAUUAAAUGGGGGACUCAGAAACGUUUAGAAGGUGAUCAAUUACUGAAACCUGAGCUUAUCGAGUUAUUACUAUGUGCAGACGAAGACGAUUAAAGAAAUUCAUACUAUGUAUUGUCUUUCUCUAUUGUUUUUUUUAAAUAUAUAAAGACAUAUAUAACUUGAAUUAUAAACAUACAUAAACUACAUUUUCGUAUACUGUA